AUGGGUGACGAAGAUUGGACUAGACCGGAUCUUCCAAGUAAAUGCACAUAUGCGGAACAUAUGCCAGUACACCAAAGUCCACACUUCCACAAUCCUUACUGGACACGUCCAAGGAUAGCCACCAGUUCCUUGGAUUUGAUUGGUUGCACACCUCUUGUCCGAUUGAACUCCAUACCCAAAUCCGAGGGUUUGCAAUGUGAAGUUUUGGCCAAAUGUGAAUUUCUGAACAGCGGUGGAAGCGUAAAAGAUCGCAUUGCAAAACGUAUGGUUGAGGAGGCCGAACGCAGUGGGCUGCUGAAGCCUGGUGAUACUAUAAUCGAACCCACAUCAGGAAAUACAGGAAUCGGACUCGCUUUGGUGGCCGCAAUUAAGGGUUACCGUUGUAUCAUUGUAAUGCCUGAGAAAAUGAGCAAAGAGAAGGAAUUCAUGCUUCGCGGUUUGGGAGCGGAAAUUAUACGCACACGUACCUCGGCCAACUUUGAUGAUGAAGAUUCACACGUGCGUAUCGCUGAAAGACUUAAGCAAGAAAUUGGUCCGACAGCACAUAUUUUGAAUCAGUACAUUAACCCGUACAACCCAAUAGAGCAUUACGAUCAGACUGCGGAAGAAAUUCUGCGUGACUGUACCGAACCUGACGGUCACAUUCGGUUGAAUGUAUUAGUUGCUGGGGCUGGGACCGGCGGCACCAUAACUGGCUUAUCUCGGAAAAUCAAAACUAGACUACCCACAUGCCAGAUCGUAGGUGUCGAUCCGGAGGGCUCAAUUCUGGCCGACUUGACCGCUGACAACCCACAACCUUACGAUGUCGAGGGUAUUGGGUAUGAUUUCAUCCCAACGGUACUGGAUCGUUCGGGCGUGGAUAAAUGGUACAAAACUAUAGAUCCAGAGUCAUUGCUAAUGGCUCGACGUAUUCUUCGCGAGGAGGGUCUGCUGUGCGGAGGAAGUAGUGGGGCAGCUCUGGUUGCCGCUCUACAAGCUGCCCAUGAUUUCAGUUUGGGCAAAGAUGAUCGACUUGUGGUCAUUCUUCCGGAUUCUAUACGGAACUAUAUGACCAAAUUCCUCUCAGACGGCUGGAUGUACAACCGUGGAUUCAUAGACUUGCCCGCUGGAAAGGAAUUUCGAAACAAUUGGAUGCACAAAUCCGUUGGUGAACUGCUUCGCACUCUUCCCAAGCCAGUCAUCGUUACAUCUGAUCAGACAAUCAAACAAGUAGUCACGGAACUCAAUGAAUGUGGUUCAUCGCAUGCAAUCGUGCAGGUUUCCAAUGUGGAUAAGUCAAUCUUGGGCCUAUUUGAUUCGGUUGCACUUCAGACACUUUUGACCGGAUCGGCCUCUCCUAGUGAUCCUGUUAAGCAUGCACUGGACAAAGGUGUGAGACAACUACCAAGCACUGUCCACGUCGAAGAGCUUGGUCGUCGCCUCAUGAUUGAACCUGUCGUGAUUGUAACCGACAAAACUGAUCAUUGGUUGAUCACUCAAGAGGAUUUUCUCAAAUGGGCAGUCACACAAUGCAUCUAA